CUUUUUGGCUUUCUUGCCCUCCUUGUAGCGUGGUGUUGGUAAUAGUGUACUAUUACUACGACUACAGUACUACUUCAAAAGCGUCCAUCUUCCUUUCUAUUCCAUUCCAUUUAAAACUCCCAAAAACAGCAAAAUUCGGACAAUUCAAGAGAAGAGAGAGAGAAAAAGCGAGAAAAUGGGUAACAAUGGCGAAAUCGGCAACUGCUUAACCCAGUUUAUUGACACGGGAAGCGUCGAGAGUCAUAGGUAUUUCUUGGCACGUAAAACCCUCUUUGAACUUCUCAACGACAGGGGUUACACUGUUCCUUCCUCCGAGUUAAAUCGCUCUCUCCCCGAGUUCCGCGCUGAGUUUGGGGAGAAACCUGACCCGCUUUCGCUCCGCAUUUGCGCUCCUCUCCGAGCUAACCCGUCUACUAAGAUUUUGGUCAUCUUUGGUGGAACUGAGGAAAUAAAAAAAGGCAACAUCCUUACUAUCUUCAGUCAAAUCAUUAACAAAGAUAGCUUGCACCGGAUUAUUUUAGUCCUGCAAAACAAAAUGAAUCACCAUGCUCGGAAAGUUGUUGAUGACUACCCAGUCAAAACAGAGAUUUUUCAGAUCACUGACUUGAUGAUCAACAUCACAAAGCACGUCCUGGCACCAAAACAUGUAAAGCUGAGUGUUCAGGAGAAGGAACAUCUGCUAGAGAAGUACAAGUUAGAGGAUUACCAGAUGCCGCGCAUGCAGGGGAAUGAUGCUAUUGCACGGUACUAUGGGUAUGAGAAGGGUGAAGUCCUGAAAGUCAGCUACACUGGUGGACUGCCCAACUCCAUGGUUAAUUAUCGCUGUAUUCUCUGAUGACUGGUGUCCCACACUUGAAAACUUUGUUGGUAACCACUCAAACAGUUAACAAGUGUAGUCUGCUUUAAUACAAGUCUUAACAUCUUACAAAAACUAUAACAAGUCAUCUUAUGCUCUAUCUAUUCUGUGUAUUUGGUGCCGGAACUUGAAUAUGUAGUACAAGAACUAACAUUUUGGCGUCUUUGAUUUUUGAACAAAUUUGUUGCUUUAUCAUCCGUUUGGUAGCCGCGAUAAGCCGACAAUAAAUGGUGUUAAUGAAAUAAGUUUGUACUCACCGUGUUCUUCAAAGAUUGCACCAUAUAAUUUAUGUCUAUAUUUGUUUGUCUUA